GAGUGCGCGGCGGCCACCUCUACACGACGUAGGCCCAUCCCCUGGUGACACGACACUGUGCCGCGAUGAUCUCGACCGUCAGUCGCGGCGUUCCCAUGCGGACAACGCGAGGUCAGGUCAGGUCAGACAGCAGGAGCGGCUGUAGCCCGUGCGCCUGCUGCUGCUGCGGCUGCUGCCGCUGCCUCAACCUCAGCUUUCUCAGGACCCGGAUCGGCCUGCUGAAGCUGGUAGAAAUGGCACUCGGCGGCAUAUGCCAGAGCCUGCUGAUCAAUUACGGCAUCGGCUACUCCGCCUCGCUGGGUCACGCCUACUCGAUCUUCCUGACGACGGCCUGCGCCUGCCUCUUCAGCACCGGCAUACUGCUGCUCUGUUACCUGGUCUCCGCCCCGUCUGUGGCACUUAUCCGACAGUCGAUAUUUGAGACGCUGUUCAACGGCGUGGCGGCCGUGCUGUACCUGGGCGCCUCAGCGUUUCUUUCCUUUACCGUACAGUCGGUGUUGUGGCCACAGUAUGUGGUGACUCCUUACUUCCAGGUGUAUCCAGCGCUCACUGCCGCCUACUGCCUGGGCCUGGUCGUCGGCUGUGUCCACGGGUACGACGCGUUCCUGGCGUACCGCUGGUACCGACACCGGCAGUGACGUCACAGACGAAGCCACCUCCUCUCCGAGGGGGCGGGCGGAUAAUCCUCCCAGUGAACAGAGUUCACGCACCACGGCGCGCGUCAUUUGUCUCAUCGCCAUAACGCCAAGACGCGACAUAUGGAGCAAAACAUGCUCUUGAAAUUUUCCUGUUGACCAUGGUCACUUUCCGCGUACUUCUGUGGCCUAACUUGUGGUCUCGACCGCGGUAGGCAUCCACCUGCACAAAUCUCUUAUUGAAUA